ACAGGGAGAGUGAGUGACCACCACAAACCCCCGGGACUCACCAGUGAGAGGCAGGGAGAGUGAUCACCACACACACCCCCAGUUGUCACCAGAGACAGGGAGGACGAGUGACCACACACCUCCCCAAUUGUCACCAGAGACAGGGAGAGUGAGUGACCACCACAAACCCUCGGGCGUCACCAGUGAGAGGCAGGGAGAGUGAGUGACCACCACACAUCCCCAAGUGUCAUCAGUGAUAAAUGAUGACUCAGAAUUGCUCGCUGAUUCUGCGAUAAACCAGAUUGGAGUCGAAAUUAUUCUAACGCUUACGCAAUCAAAAUAAUUUCUCUCAGCUCCUCUUCCUUCUUAGGUUCAGCGUUUUCUCUCUUCCCUCCCACUCCCGUUUCCUGUUCUCCCUGUCCGUAUCCACCCAAGACUUCAAAUAUGGUGUUGAUGGCUUUACUGCUGCUGUCAGCCCCCACCAUAGCGUGUUGUAGUGUCUCCUCCUCCCACUACACAUCAGGAAGAAGGAGCAGCCUAAGGAUUGAGGAUAUUUUGCCCUCAGCCUACGACAAGAUGGCACCGCCCAAAAAGGAAGGACGGCCCACGGUCGUUUAUUUCCAUGUCACCGUCAUGAGCAUCGAUUCUGUCAAUGAGAACUCCAUGGACUACAGCCAGGACGUACAGUUCUUCACAGAGAACACGGUAUCCAGUUUCACCCUCACAGACGGUCAAUCUACCGGGACCUUCGCAACAGAUAUAUUCUUCGCCCAGUCGUGGAGGGACCACCGCCUGAAAUUGCCUUCUAAUAUGACUUCAGACUAUAGAUUGUUAGACCUUGAUUGGCUUCACCACCUGUGGCGGCCAGACAGCUUCUUCAAGAAUGCUAAAGAGGUGAACUUCCAGACUAUGACAGUGCCCAACCAUUACGUGUGGCUGUACAAAGAUUUCACAAUACUCUAUAUGGUCAAGUUAACAUUAACAUUGUCUUGCGCCAUGAACUUUUUACUCUACCCACACGACACCCAAGAGUGCAAGCUGCAGAUGGAGAGCUUGUCUCACACUACACAAGACCUGGUGUUUGCUUGGGAAGAAAACUUACCACUUGCUGUGGAUGACACCAUCGAGCUACCACAACAGAUGAUCGUUAGUAACAUCACAUCAGAUUGUACUCAGGUGUACUCUACAGGUAACUUCACCUGUCUGGAGGUGAUCUUCAAGCUCAAGCGCCAUCUGGGCCACUAUCUGUUUCACACCUACAUCCCCACCUGCCUCAUCGUCAUAAUGUCGUGGAUAUCAUUUUGGAUUCGACCAGAUAUAGCUCCAGCUCGGGUAACCCUUGGUGUGACAUCACUCCUAACCCUAUCUACUCAACAUGCCAAGUCUCAAGCUGCUCUGCCACCUGUAUCUUAUAUCAAGGCCAUUGAUAUCUUCAUGUCAUCAUGUACUGUCUUUGUCUUCAUGGCUCUUAUGGAGUAUGCAGUAAUAUGUGUUAUCUUGGGGGAUGAGUCCACCAACACUCCCAAGUCAAAACCAUCAUCAACGAACAGGAACUCAAAGAUGUCCCCUACAAACAUCAAGGUGACCCUUAUUACCCUGGAAGCAUGGAUCAAGAUAGUCAGCAGCUGCAGCAUCAACUACUGGACACAUAUGGCUGUAAAAAUACUAAAGAGCUGCAAUAUUCUCUUAAUUUUCAAUUUUGGAUGGAUUAGUCAUUACUAACCUUGUUACGUACUUACAGACGUUAGUUGUUGAAAUGUACAGUACGUACUACAAUGCUGUAAUAACAUUACAAUUAUAAAAUAAUUUAUUCUCAAACAACCAAGACUCAUGUUCCGCAGGUCAAUAAUUUUUUACUUAAUAUUUGUUAGCAAUAACUAUAGUUAGAAAUACUUCCAGAUAUGAAGUGUAGUUAACUUUUAUUGUAAACAUACAAAUAAAAGGCUUAAAAUGUAUGACUGUACUUGUACUGUACAGUACUACUACUGUAAAAUAUAUAUCUUUUAACUCAUUAUUUUACAGUCAAAUUAGGUUUUUAUUAAAAUAAUAAUGAUGGCAGACAAAUAUUCUAUUUUGCAUUUUAAUGAAUAUAGUAAAAAAUUGUCUCAAACUCCUUGACAUUCAGCAUCACAAUACAGUACUGUACUGUACUUGACAUAAUUGCUACCUCAACCACCUGAGUCAACCCCCCUCUUCCAAAAAUCUUGGAUCCACCCCUGUACUAUUGGAUAAUGGGAAACAGUGUACGAUAUAUACUGUACAGUUAAUUGAUAUAUAUAGUGUAUACGUAUAUAAACACUGGAUGUUAAUUUUGUAUCGGUUAGUAUAAUGCAACAAAUAUUUACUCGUUUCUGGUGUAAUAUUGUUAUUUCAAAUAAAACUUUAGGGCUGUACUAAAGCUUUUCCUGGAGAUAAAAGCCAAUAUAAACACUUAAUAAAGUAGGUACAGGCACUGUGCACUGUACAGUAUAUCAUUACACUUGAUGGUACUGAAAAUAGGUUUUGGUAAUGUAGUUGUAUUUUAUUACAGUUACAAGUCAGGUAAACUGUUAAUAAUGGAUGAACAUUUAAUUAUAAUGAAAUUGAAACAAUGAUGUAAUGAAGACAACACUGUCAAUGAAAUUUCUUGAACUUAUGAUUUUAGUCCAUGGAAACAUGGCAACAGUAGACAAAACUCUUACACCUUAAUAUUCCCUAGAUCAUAAAAAAUAUUUAUAUAUACAGUAAUCUAACUCUUAAAAUAAUAAUCUUCAAAAACAUUGAAAUAUACUAUAAAUCAUUACCAAAUUAAUCUAUAGUAUAAAACCCUGUGAAUUUGUAACAGCUUACCGACUCCCUUUGUACAAUCAUCAAAGUUAAUAAGAAAUUAUGUAUACUUAUUUUAAAAUAAA